AUGGUUAAAAAGUUUAAGAAGAACGCUUCUCCUCUAUUUUCAUAUCUAGAUAACAAAUUUUUAUCAAGACAAAAGGUUCAGUCGUCCGCUAUAAGGAAAGUAAAACCAGAGGCGAAAAUUACCGUACAUAGUUUAAGAAUUGGUGGAGCCACCGAAAUGGUGAAGAAGGGUGAAAAUAUGGAUGCAGUGAAAGUGGCAGGACGAUGGAAGUCAGAUUCCUCAGCUCUCCUUUAUAUGAGAAAACAGGCAAAAACCCUCCCUUCCCUCCCAUUAUAUAUUUAG